GUUUUGGAUCACCGCGGAAACCUUCAGUUUCAGUUUUGCGUUUAAUGCGAGCACAACAAUAAAUUAUGAAGCUCUAUGCCCUGCUCUCACUUUUGGUGGGAUCUUUGGCCAUUGGCCAGAUCUCAGCCGCCGGUUCACAUCAUCUUCUCUGCUAUUACGAUGGCAGCAGCUUUGUUCGCGAGGGACUCUCUAAGCUCAUCCUGAGUGACCUGGAGCCCGCCUUGGCCUAUUGCACCCACCUGAUCUAUGGUUAUGCUGGCAUUAAUCCCUCCAGCAACAAGUUGGUGAGCAACAAUGAGAAGUUGGAUUUGGAUUUGGGUAGCAGCCUGUUCCGUCAGGUCACCGGUUUGAAGCGGAAGUAUCCUGCCCUGAAGGUCCUGCUGAGUGUGGGUGGUGACAAGGACAUUGUGGAUCCGGAUAACAACAAGUAUCUUACUCUCCUGGAGAGCAGCAAUGCUCGGAUUCCCUUCAUCAAUAGCGCCCAUUCGCUGGUGAAAACCUAUGGCUUUGAUGGCCUCGAUCUUGCCUGGCAAUUCCCCAAGAAUAAGGCCAAGAAGGUACAUGGCGGCAUUGGCAAAUUCUGGAAGGGUUUCAAGAAAAUCUUCACCGGUGAUUUUGUCGUUGAUGAAAAGGCCGAAGAGCAUAAGGAAGAGUUUACGGCUUUGGUUCGUGAAUUGAAGAAUGCCUUCCGUCCGGAUGGUUAUCUUUUGGGAGUUAGUGUGCUGCCCAAUGUUAAUUCAUCGCUCUUCUUCGAUGUCCCUGCUAUUAUCAACAAUUUGGACUAUGUAAACUUGCACACUUAUGAUUUCCAAACCCCAGAACGUAACAACGAAGUGGCCGAUUUCCCAGCUCCCAUUUACGAGUUGAAUGAACGCAAUCCAGAGUCCAAUAUCAAUUAUCAGGUUAAAUACUGGACCCAAAAUCGUGCUCCUGCGGCCAAGAUCAAUGUGGGUAUUGCCACCUAUGGUCGUGCCUGGAAAUUGACCAAGGAUUCUGGCCUCACUGGUCUACCUCCAGUGGCGGAAGCCGAUGGUGUGGCUCCUGCCGGAACUCAAACCCAAAUUCCUGGCCUUCUCAGUUGGCCCGAAGUCUGUGCCAAGCUCCCGAAUCCGGCUAAUCAGCAUCUCAAAGGAGCCGAUGGUCCACUAAGGAAGGUUGGUGAUCCCACCAAGCGUUUUGGCAGCUAUGCCUAUCGCUCUGCCGAUGAUAAUGGUGAUAAUGGAGUCUGGACUGGUUACGAGGAUCCCGAUACGGCGGCCAUCAAGGCGGAAUAUGUGAAACGUGAGGGUCUUGGUGGCAUUGCUGUCGUUGAUCUGAGCUUUGAUGAUUUCCGUGGAGGAUGCACUGGACACGACAAGUAUCCCAUUUUGCGCAGUGUCAAGAGCAAGUUGUAGAGCCAGGAAUGCACAUAUUCGAGACAUUUUUAAGUCCUUCACUUAUCUCUCACUUUUCUCACAGUGUUUUUUUGCCUACCUGUAAACGACAAAGCAUAAUCUGUUUAAUCAUUUAAAAUGCAAAUUAAAAUAACAUUGACACCAAA